CCUGGACGGGGUGAACUCUAGGAAAAUGAUCAUUUCUUACAGAAUUACACUUUGAAUCUGUUUAUCUGUAGGGUUUGUGGGUUGAGUUGGGCAGAGUUUGUGUGCAGCAUCCUAAAACACAGUAUAUCCGAUAUGUCUGGGAGUUAAAUAAAACCAUUCCAAUGAUAAAAAGCAGAGACUGAGGCAUAGGCAAGGGAAAAGAGACCAUUUUGCUGAGAUUUAAAAUGGCACGUCAGUGAGAGGGAGAGAUGGUAGGCACUCUGAUACAUUGGUUAUAGGCUCCUUAGAACUACAACAGAGAGAAGCUUUCACUCCAGUAAUAGAAAGAAUGUUUAAGGGGGGUGAAGGGGGAGGUAUCAGCGUUCUGUUAGUGAAGUCAGGAGUAGGACAAAUUUGAACUGGCUCUUAGAACAACGGGGGAAUCAGCUAAUGGUGCUGAGGAUUGUGGGUGACAUGAGCUCACUUCUUUGUAUUUGAGGAGAAAGGGGCAGAAGCACUCUGCAUAUGCUGGAAUCUGAGCUACUGGGACUUCCAGAGGUCUUGGAAGAGGGAAUUGCUAUAGUUAGGCGAGAGGAGGAGAGGCCUGGAUCCAGUGUAGUUGAGACCAUUGUGAAUGAGGUAAUGUUAAGCCAGUGUGCAAGUGAAGGUGAUGUCAGGGCUGGAGGCUGUGAUGACAAGCCAGAGAGAUAUGAGAGGAUGGAGCUUGGCUUGGGGAGGCACCUGCCCAAGAGCAGCUUUUGGGGGUUUGGGACAUUUUAACUGAAAUGAGAUAAAGCCACAGAUCAGAGAGGCCUAAAGGGCAGUCUGGGAGGAUUUAUAGAUUGAUGGGGCCAUUGUGUUUGUCUAAUUUGAUUUUCUGUAUAAUCCUGCAUUUUCCUGCAUUAAACCCGUAACGGCUGGCUCAGCUAAGGUUUAUCUCUUAGAUUUAAAGACCGCAAAUAUAGCGCAUACACCACAUCCCUAGGUAAGUUCCAGUGAUUAAAUCUCCUUUGUGUUAAAAUGUGUGCCUCAUUUCCAGGCUGCUUCCAGCCAUUUUAUCUUGUGCUGUCUGUCUGCUAGAUUGAAGACCCCUCUUCCCCAUGUAGGUACUGACAGACUGAGCAAGUCACCUCUUAAUCUUCUGUGAUGAACUAAACGGAUUGAUUUUCUUAGGUCAUACGCUGUAAGGUUUAAAGGCAGAUUUUCCGUUUCAUUCUUGUAGCUCUUUUCUGAACCAUUCAGAUUUUUUCAGGAUCCUUAAGUGUGGCCAGGAGACCAAGACAGUAUCCAGUAAUGAACUCAUUAGGAGUUGCUGGAGAUCCCUAAAUAUGCACCUGCGUAUUGUCAGGAUAAGGGGGUAGCUAAGGUAAAGGCUAAGAUCAGGUGCAUCGGGGAGAGGGUAGAUAAAAGAGCAGAGCGCCUUGUGGCUCUCUAGAGAAGGAUACAGUGACAGUGGUCUGCCUCAGCCUGAAAUGUUUGGAAAAUUUCAGCCAAAAUGAUUCAGCCCUUGAGCCCCUCCUAGGUCCUAGUGCCUUCUCGACAGAGCAAUUAAGUAUGUUCCCUCCUCUCAGCUCCUACUGGACUGCACAUGCACCAGCUCCGUGAGUGACUGAGCAUGAUCCGGUAUAGGAGUUUCCUGUAAUGAUUCCUCCCAUCUGCUCCAGGCUGGGCGCUGGAACUGAGAGCAGAGAGUCUCUCUCCUGUGCCCUUAAUGAUCUACCUGCAGGUGUCUGAUCUGAAUGAUGAGGGGACAAAAGCCAGAUGAAAAAUAGAUUGGAACCAGGAGUGUGGGAAGGAUGCUUGUGCAAGGAGGCUGGGGAGCCAGUGUGGUAAAUGUGGGGGACAAGACAGAUCAGAUGAUUUGGCAAGGGGGCAGGGGAGAGGAAUUGUAGGCUGGAACUAGGGACCAGUGGGAAGGGAGAGGAGAAGAGAACUGAUGAGCUGAGAUGCGAGAGAACUGGGAUUGGCUGAGACUGGACCCAAGGGCCGGGCAGGGCUUUGGGGAGAUGAUUGCGAUCGGAUUUGGAGGAAGUCUGUGAGUGGCAGGGAAAGAGAUGAGAUGCUUGGAGGGGUAUUGAGACUGGUUGAGAUAAGGAAAUGGAAUUGGAGGAGGGGGAGCUCUGAUUGGUUGGGCUUUGGGACUGGGACUGGAGAGGCACGGGGAAUGAGCUGGGGACACAGAGCCAGGGUUGUGGAAGAGACGAGCUUAGGGAGAAUGGGCUGAAGAGUCUGUGCCACUACAGCACACUCCUCUGUGGAGUGUGGCAUGGACCCAAGAUCCUAGAGUCUCACCACUCCUCUGCUCUCUGCGAAUAUCUGUGAAACCCACUGGCAAAGUGUGAUGCCCUUUCUAGUGCCGGGCCAUGUGGAAAAUGACAACCCACUACUGCUAUCAGUGACUCCGUUAGUUUAAGUGAUCUGAGGUCUAUGGUGGAUGUACAGGUUCUAGACCUACUGGUGAACCAUGCCAAUGUCACUAUGAUGCCACAUGAUGGAAUUUCGAGGGGGGACUGUUCCUGUUUGCUCUUUUAAAUACCUAGGAAAUCCCCCACACACACUACAUUAAAAGAACAUUAAGCUCGCAAAGUCAAGCACUCAAAACCGAGUACAUACCAGAAUAAAGUUGCCAGUGGAACCUUAACUCUGCUGUCUUGGGCAUAUGCAUUUUGAUAAGUCUUCAAUUACAUGAUCACAUACUAUUUUUUUUUCUGCAGGACCCUGCAUCAUUCAGUGUGCAGAAUGGACCUGCUCUGGGGAUAAAUCCCACAGGUGUAGUGAAGGAGGCUGAUGUGUCUGCCUCAUCUGUUGCAGAAGUUGGAAGGUGUGCAGUGAAUGAAGCAGGGAAUUUCAGGAAAAGAAAGGAUGGUCUCAGGACCAUUUUGAUCAUUAAGCUGACCGCAGGCCACACAGUAUCUCUCCCACCGACUCCUGUAAUAGAUGCCUAACCUCUCGGCUGGGCUCUAGGACCUUCUCUCCAGGAGCUCCCAGCGGCUUCAGGAAGAGAGACCAUGACCCACCAGGAUGGCAAGCUGGAGAGGUGCCAGCCACUGGCAUUCCUAGUGCACGAGCUGGAGUGCAAGAUCUGCUACAAUUGCUACGAUGCAGGAGCCCACAAGCCCAAGCUGCUCAGCUGCUGCCACCGGGUCUGUGCGAAGUGCCUGCGCAAGAUGGUGGCCAUGGGGGAGUCCUCGCCCCACCUGCUCAGCUGCCCUUUCUGCCGGCAGGAGACCCAGGUCCCCGAGGAGGAUGUGCAGCUGCUCCAGGAUGACAGCAAGGUGCUGGCAGUGCUGACAUACCACAAGCAGGCAAAGAAGCGAGGCACUCUGCCCUCUUCUGAGGUCAUCCUGUGCCCCAGCAUCCUGGAGCCAACCCGCAGCUCCUCUGACUGCCUGGUCAUCACCAUCCUUGAGGUGCCAGAGAACGUGGUGCCCCCCGAAGGCCUGGGUAUGCUGGACAUGAUAGGCCUGUACCGCCCCGUCAGCCUGGACUCGCUGCCCUGCCGCAGCCCCAUCCAGAAAUGCCGCUCUUGCUCCUGGCAUGCCAUACCCCACUUCAUCCUCUGGAUGCUAUGUCUCAUCUACUUCAGCUCCCUGCCCUUCGGCAUCUACCUCCUGCUCAUUGAGUGCCACAACCUGGGCAUUGUGCUGGUCAGCCUGGUGCCCUCCACCCUCAUUCUCUGUCCCCUCUACAGCUUCUGCCAGUGUCUGUGCCGCGAGAUCUUCGAGUUCCCCUCCACCUGAGCCUGUUGCUCCCGUGUCCUGAAGGCACCAGGCACUGGCCCUGCACAGCCUGGAGCUCCCUGAGGCUGUGCCCUCUGCCUGGGGCCAGCCGAGAGCAUCGUCACUCAGGGCUUGCCAGCCCCCACAGUAUUGCAGGGAGAUCGGGAGAUGUCAGUGUGGGAGGGUCCAGGUGCAGGUGAGCGACUGGCUGGACAGGCCCACGAAGCGAGUACUGAGUACCUGUCAUCUUCCCUUGCAGAGAGGAGAUGUACUACAAAGCCGUGCACAACACUGCUGUCAUCUUCCUCCAAAACGACGCAGGCUUCACCAAGUGGGAGCCCACACCGGAGCGGCUGCAGGAGCUCGUCACAGCCUAUAAGCACUCGGGACGGACCCUCAGUUCCACGGGUUCCUCCUCCACCUCCUCUUCCUCCUCCACCUCUUCCUCAACAGCAGAUAAAGAUCGGGAGACGGGCGGAGAGCAAAGCACCAGCCGGGAGACCAAUGCCAAUUAAUCUGCAGAGGGCAGUGUGCGGGGACAGGCAGCAGGGGCGAAGGUAACAGUGCUCCAGAGGAGGGGAGGUUCGAUGUGGCAGGUGGAGAGACUGCUGGCUGUGCAGUGCCAAGCCUGGGGGACUCUCUUCAGGCAGCUCCACCCUGCUUGCUUUCCUCUGUCAACCUGCAAGACCUCUUUCCUCACCAGAAUCGAGGGAGAUUCCCUCGCCUUAUGCCCUGUGGGAAGACGAUCGGUUGCUGCCCUCAACGAGGGGCAAAGAAGCCAAACGUCGCAGUCAUAGGAAGAGUCUGCAGCCCCUUCAGACACUAAAGCUCUGAGGAAGAGGCGGCAGCUGGAGCUGGGACGGCUGCACGGAUGAAGGAAGGAUGGAUGGACUGACAGAGCUGUGGCCUAGAAGGUCCCUGGCAGGUGGCUGAAGCCUGUCAUUUCCAAGAGAAAAGCUGGCAGGGUCCAGAGGUUCUUCCUGCUGGCCUGGCACCACCAGCCCAGCUCCGUGUCCAUAGUGUAAAUAGUUCUGUCCGUGGCGACCAUGCUCCCUGCAGGGUUUGUUUCCGUAGCAUCCAUGUUUCCUUUCCACAUGUACGAGUUCCGUGUUUGCCGAAGCUGUUUACCGUAUACAAGAAAAGCAGAGAAAAGGAAUUUUUUUGUGUGUAAAAACGGCUUUGCAGCUGUUUUGUAGUCGUUGUGGUUUUUACCCAGAGCCCUCUGGGCUUUAUUUAACCUCCUUGGGUUUUGUUUUUUAAAGGAUUAAUUUAACACCGCUAACCAUUUUAUUACUUUUAUCAAAGAAAGCAAAGUCAAGUCUAUUUUUGAUUUUUGUUUCCUAGUUCUUAGGGACAUUAAAAACUAGCAUUACAGCUC